CAUCAGGGCGAAUACAACACAGCUGUAAAAUUCAUAAGCCUCCACUCGUACUGCCGUCCUCCCCCUCCAUCCCUCCAUCCCUCCAUCCCUCCCUCUCCCUCUCCGUCUAUUCUCUCUUUUCUCUGAGAGCAUGGCUGUGUCAGAGCUCAGAGACUCUGUGAAGCUCACAGUGAGAGGACACUUUAGCACUCUGUUUUUUCUGAGACAACACACUCCCAGCGCCAUCAUGACGCGUAAGGUGAUCAGUAACAGUCGCGAGCGCUGGCGUCAGCAGAGCGUUAACACGGCGUUUGCGGAACUCAGGAAGCUCAUCCCGACUCAUCCUCCUGAGAAGAAGCUGAGCAAGAACGAGAUCCUGAGACUGGCCAUGCGUUACAUCACCUUCCUGCUCACGCUGCUGGAGAACCAGAGAGACGGAGUGACAGAACACUCGUCCUCCACCCUCAUCACACUCAUCACGGGGAACAUGAGGAACCUGAGCUCACAUACAGAAACACACUCGCCUGGAUCCAGCAGUGACGGUGCAGAGACCUGGUAGAACCAACACCACAGUCUGGAGAACUUAAAGAACCUGCUGCAGCUGCACAAACUGUACGAAAAAACUGCACUGACUAUAUGAGCUCUAGAGUCUUUUGUAUUAAUUUCACAGACAGGAUCCAGAACACUAGAACCUUUCUAAUGUGUUUUUACAGAAAACUUACUUUACAGAAAAUCUCACACCUCUGCAGUCACUCUAUCAAUCUAGAACCUCUGCAGGAGCUGCACGAACCAUCCAGAACCAUCUGUAAUUCCAGACAGAACGGAGAAGCUUUGCUCCAGCAUAAUGCAGAGUUUUAUAAUGAACCAUUUAUAAUGAACAGAACAGCCAAAUGGAACCUGUGCUGUAAAUUUACAGGCACAAUCUAGCACCGCUGCGGUUCUGUAGAAAACCUGCAGCCUCUGCGUAAAUACACACACAAUCUAGAACCUCUGCGAUAUUUACAAAGAGAGAAUCUAGGUCCUUUAUUAGAACUGUAACCUCUACAUGCUGAAACACAUAGAACCUCACACACACACACACACACACACACACACACACACAAGAACCCUCCCCUCUCACACAGAACUUUACUAUAAAGUUCAGUGAAGUAUUAGACAGGAUUUAGCAGAUUUUUAAGGUUAGGUCUCUGACAGUGUUCUGAAAACGUUGUAUUAAUGUUGCAGCAGCGUUGUAGGAACGUUUAAAACAUUUAUAGAAAUGCAAAAUUCAGAAAACUUUUGAAUCUACGCCGAGUUUAAAUCUGUCCAUGAUCUCGUGCAACAUUUAGAGUUUGUUAUUUAGUAUUUAUGGUAUUUAUUUAUUCUCACGAUGGCAUUGUUUAAUAAAGAAAAAAAUUCUUUGAUGAAUAUUAAUAGUUUUUCUUUUUAAAUUUAAAGUAUUUAUUUGUAUUUAUUGUAUUGUAUUUGUUUUAUAUUUAAGACCAUUAUCAGUGAGUUCUGUCCUGAUGACUCUGUAAGUUAUUGUUAAUUAUUUUUUAAUUAUUUGUUAAUUUAUUGAACAGAAAUAAAACUAUUCAACAUGCUCUUUGUUCAGCAGAUACAAAACAGCAGCCAAAGAUUGUUUAUAUUUCUGCGCAGUAUCUCUGUUCAGAAGUUCUUGGCAUCAUUGGAAUGUAUUAUUUAUUUAUUGGAUCAGUGUAACUCUUUUCUUAUUA